GCUAGAGUGUUAGGCAGGUGACCAGCCUCUCUUUAGCGGAAAGAGAUAGGAGUGCUGCGGUCGCAGUGCACAGUAAACAGAUUGUAAAAAGCGAUGAAGGGCCGGCACUACCCCUUUUGAUCAUUGAUGUGCGCUCUUUGGAGCGCAGCCACUGGCACUGAUGAUCAACUCGGCCAACUCCUCCGCUUGAGCACGUGCCUCGAACCCGAAGUAACCCCAGGAAGGUUGGCCAACGGCCUCUAGUCGAGACGGAUGCCAAAGGAGGGCAAUUUGGUGCCCUUCAACGCGUCAGCAGACAAAUCAAACACGAAUGGGGCACAUCACAAAGCAGCGAGCGUCUUCCGUCCGCCAACCAGCGAAAUAGCCAACGCGAAUGGCGUGCGGAGACCGAGUUCAGGGAGUAACGCGACAUCCAUUAUUUCUCAACAGCCCUCAUUGCCGGGAUCACACAAACGUUCAUUCUCUGAGGCUCAUCUGAAUCGCCCAAAGAAGAAGCCUCGACUUGACCGUCAACCUUCCGCUUUCGUGACAGGCUCAUCCCGUCCAGUUCCACUUGCAGCUUCAACCUCGUCUAAGCCAUCCGUGUCCAAUACAGCUACACCAGGGAAAUCCCCUGGUGUCUCAGCAUUAGGGAAAUCUAUUCCACAGAAGAGACCUAGCACAGGCCCUGAAAUCAUUGAGAUAUCGUCGUCCGACUCGGAACCGCCUUCCAAGAGCACGAAACAGCCGAUAAUUCGUAAAAAGCGGCCCCCGAAAGUCAAAGAAAAUGAAACCCCCCACAAAACGCCAAAGAAGAGUGUGCCUCCGAUUGCCCCCGUAGCAACGAAACAAGCCCGGCCAUCGUCCAGCCUCGCAACCCCAAAUACUUCCGGUUCUACCACAGCCAAACCGGUGCUAUCACAUUCCGCCACCGCACCACCUCCUGUUGGACGCACGGUGGCUACUCCCAUGAGCCAAGCUGAAGAAGGCUUGAGCCGGGUCCGCCAGUUAAUUUCGGACUUCAUCAGUGUCCGUUCUGUAAAUGUUCCAGAUACUAGUGACACUGUAUCACCGAAGGUGCCUAACAGCACACCUCAUGGGAAUCCCUUGCCGUUCCCUGCGAGUUCCCGAGCUGACAAGGGAAAGCAAAGAGAUCCUGGCGAGAAUACCGGUUUUAUUGAGCGUUCCGGCCUAAGGAAAGUAGCAGAGAGGGAAGUUAUCGACGUUGACGCGCAAUCCCUCGAAACGAGGAAAAAAAGAAAGAGAAAGAGAAAGAAAUUUCCCAUACUCGUCCUCCGCGAAGGAAAGCUCCCCUCAACGUCAGUUGGCUUGAAGAAACCCCUCUUCAUUGAACCAUCCGCUUCGUCUGAACUCUCCUCUCACACCUCCGAACCAAUUGUCAGGAACCCCUCAAAUCAUAAAAAUGAUUUUGCCACCGAGCGACUUGUAACCAAGCCAAAGAAAAAGGAUCAGCAGCAAUCAGCCAUUGAUCAAGUAUUUACUUCUUUUCAAUCCCCUCCACCUAUUUUACACUCAAAAUCUUUAUCACUUGCGUCAAAUGAAAAAGAGCCUUCUGCCAUUGCACCCACUCUCAUAUGUCAAAGUAUCUCAGGUAAUAAGACGUCGCCAUGCGUCAAGUUGGCAGAGGGGGAAACCGGCAACUCGAAUUCCAGUGCCAAGCCGAAGUCUUUUGCUAAGUCCACUGGAAACGGGCAGGACUCAGCAUCUACCUUUCCUAGUGCAUGGCGUUCCGCGGCAACAUCGAAUUCAAGCCCUGCGCCAUCUUCAGGGACAGAUGCGACCGAUCUCGUUGGUGCUUUCGCGAGUCAAGAGGAAGACACGGGUCUUGGCACACCUUUAAGUAGUGACCACCCUCCAACCGCCGCUGCACCAUCCUCAGGGACAGAUGCGGCCGGUAUAGUUGAAAACCCCCUCGGUGCUUCUGCGAGUCGAAACGAAGACGUGGCUUUUGGUGCAUCUUCAAAUAGCGGCCCCACUUUCCAAGGACCUGCCCGCAAGUCCGUUACUUCAUCCAAUGAUCCCAAUGUUAAUCAACCCCCCAUUGGGAAAAGGAAGAUGGCGUCCAUUGAUGCUGGGUCCUCUGCUACAAAGGACGUCCUUCAGACUUCACCCCCGAAGCCGGAGCUGCCAUCGACUGAUGUGCAGAAUAAGCAGGCUUGCAAGGUUUUGAUAGACACAAAAUGCUCGGUGUCAUCAAGCAUGGAACUACCAAAUCCGCAACAUCUGCAAAACCUCCCGACGUCAUCCCAGAAGGAAACCCCAGCUAGUGCCCGUUCAUCACUUAUUGUCACAAAUCACAUUUCGUCGGGAAUAAAAGAGACACCGCCGGGCUCUGUCGGGUCCACGCGAAUUACUCGACAACUUUCUCCAGAUCCUACCACGGCGUCGGACAACAUAGUAGCAUCUGCGGCGGGUGUUUCAUCAUCUGAAAUUGUUUCUAAGGAAUUCCCCUCAUCGAACAAGAAGCCUCUUGUUAAUGGGACUGGGACUGGUUCCUACUUGCACCCUCUGGGCGUUGUCCUCCACAUGUCCCCACCCCCCAACCCUGGAGCAAUACGAUCAAGCUGAAGACACCAGAUAUGCCGAGUUUUUCCAGUGAAAACACUUCACUGGUUGAGCCACCGAAGAUCCCUAAGCGGUCUGAAACGCCCCAGAAUUCAACAAAUCCGGACCUCGACUCCACUCCCCUCUUGCGCCUAAAAAGCUUGAACUCGCACUUGAGGAUUCCCCUUGAACCAUCCGCGGCCG